CACGUCGCCUCGGCUCACUCAUAUUCAUCACUCCUUACGAUAAACCGGCGACUUGCUCAGACCAAAGAAUGGAGACCAUCUACUAUAUCAUACUGGCGGUUAUCGCCGUUUUCAUCAUCGGACCGGCAAUUUUCGCGGACCGCUCCCCCAUUCCCGAAACAUCCGGCGAGGUUUUCAAGAUCACCAAAGCACCCGAGUUUGAUGCUGUUUUGUCAUCCACCACUCAUGUCAUCGUCGACUUCUACGCGGACUGGUGCCCUCCCUGUCGUGCCAUUGCGCCCAUCUUCUCUCAACUAGCUGAUACUCACUCGGCCAAGGGCCAACUGGCUUUUGCCAAAGUCAACGUCGACCAUGUAAAUGACGUGGCCGGGCGGUAUUCCGUUUCUGCCAUGCCUACGUUUGUAUUGUUCGAGAAUGGAAAACCCAAGGCGGUAGCUGUUGAAGGAAUCAAAGGCCGUCAAUCUGUCAGCUUCACGGAGGAUGGACUUGUCGACAGACUCAGAGGUGCGGACCCUGUUGCCUUAAAGGCUGUGGUCGCGGCUAUGGCGGCCAAAGUUCAGGGUGCUACCGGACGUCAGGCGGGCUUAGAUCAAAAGAAGGACUAGUCAAUGAAGAACCAAGAUGGGAGAGGGAGUAUGGCUGGCUUGUAUGUGCUAACUCGAUAGUUGGACGGAUACAGGUGUCACUCAGAAUGUGAGUAUCACCUUUCACUUUAACAAAAGCUCUACUUUUUUAGGGCAAAUUAGCUAUAAGAAAUUCUAGAAAAUGCUUCUUUAUUUUAUCCAGGAUAUUACUGUCCGAA